GAGCAAACAGUGAUUUGUUUGGGAAGACCGGGCUAACGGAUCAUUGAGGGACAGUGAAAUGAGAUAUCAAUCACCGAUAAUUAUAUGUCCCGUGUAGAGAGAUAGAUACACAUAGCACUGUCGCUCUCUCCUGAUGGAGCUAGCCGAGUGUAGCCAUAAUGCUCUGCUUCCCGACCUACAUGUCGACAACGUGCUGGUCGCUAUGGCAGCGGAUGCCGCCUCGAUAUCAGUUGACCUCCAGGAGAGAUGAAGCAGAUAUCCCGGUGGAGCGUUGUAGAACACCAGGGACCACACCCCGUAACAAGCGGGACGUCCGUGGAGGGACGACCACAAGCACGAGAAGAAACUCCACAUUCACAGACAUGCCUCCCCGGAAUCCCCGGGACUCCAUUGGUGGAAGACGUUUCCAAUUUCCAAACAGAAAAUCGGGCUACAUAGAUCACUUUAAAACUCAACAACGUGUGAAUUCCGCUAAAGUGAAAUUUUCAUCGAACCCUCCGAUGUCGCCGUAUUCUCCUCGCGAGAGAGCUUCAACAGCUCCACAUUUUCCUGUGACGAAAUUAGAGAAUUCAGUAUCGGGACAGGAAAUAACCACGACAAACGUGCAGGAUAUUUGUAGUGAGCAUAAAGCCACGGGAGGACGAAUCCGUACUUCCGCCGGCCGCCAAACACAGACAAGCAUGGAUCUAGAAGAUGCGGCAUCGUUGUUCACGGAGAGCAAAUCAUUAUUAAAAGACACAACGCAAAGACGAUUCAAUGUUCGAGAAACUGCCGAAGGCACCAUGUAUAUUGAUAAUGGAAAAGUGUUCUUCAUAAAGAGAUCUAGAAACGACCCAACAAACUUAUUGAAAUCUCGAACAACUGAUGGCGGUUUUCUUGCAAGUAUUCGAAAAGAUUAUCUUAAGAAGCCCAAAUAUAUCGCUGUGAAAGGAGAAAAACCUGAACAAGAUGAAAGUUCCGUGUUGCAACACGAGCGUGUUUACUAUAAUCAAAAAGUCGGACACAUUCUCGAUUAUUACUGCCGAGACGAUGAAGAUCGGCUUUCUAUCGACGACCUUGCCAAGUACACAAGGUCGUCACCUCGGGCGACUUUCUCAAGAAAUAUGUCUCCAAGGACCUCUAGAGUCAGAAAGUUGUACAUAGCUCCGGAUCAGGACGAAGUUAGUCCGCGAGGGAGGUCUCCUGAAAUGCUGGAGGACCCGAAUAUCAAUUCAUAUAUGAAGGUCAAUUUUCAGUCUAAACUGCAUGACCGGAAAUUUUACCUCCGAACGCCUGUUAAACCCGAUUUUCACAAUUUGUCCACAACGGAUAUUGAUAAUUGCAAGUGUGGUAUAUGUAAAAUUGAAAUGCAACUCUCUCUGAUGGAAAAACUUGGAAUUGGUUAUCCGUUAACAAAAUCCCAAAACCUGGAUGUGGAAGAUCAGCACCAGACGAUACAGGAAAUACCUACGCAGAGAAUAAAAGAAGGAAUUCGGGAAACAGUGAAGGAAACCAUUCCUCAAAAGGAUGGACAGACCGGAAGUGACAUAAAAGCAACGACGGGGGACGCAUUUGACGUUAAAAAACAGCAGGACAACAGUCUGAUCACGAUUACAGUUCCCGGAAUGAAUCUGGAAAGGGAAGGAACUCUGACGGAAUCUAUUAUAGAUACUUCUAGAACACCGCUACCUACUCCUGUGCCAUAAAUGGUUACCACAGAUUAGUAUACUUUGAUGAUGUAUUCUUAAAUUUUUGGAUUAAAUGUUAGAUUUUGGAAGAAUUGGGCCGAUAUCUUGUACCAGAUUUGGGCUUACUGUGGGAAUUAAGAAGUGUUUCUGUGAAGCAAAAUUCGUGCUUACUGCAUAUUGGUAGAAUUCAUGAAACGAAGAAGAAAAUUGAAAGCAUCCACGUGGGAGCUGAACGAACCACGUAAUUUAUCGAACAUCUUCAUUAUUGCACAAAAACGGAAGUUUUCUAACCAAAAUAUUUUUGACACACCACCGUGUGGUUUUUAUAUUACGGAAUUGCGAAUCGAUCAGAGACACUCGAAACAGUUUCAUUCAAUUUCAAAAUACAGUUGAAAACAAUUUGACUAAGAUAAGUUUUGUUUGUAUGUCGUUAUUAUGGUGAUAUUAUAUGUACUUGAUAGUGCUAGGCAAAGUGAUUGUUUUUGAUAAAUUUAUGUGUUUAAAAUCCUUAAAUCAAGGAAGGAAACAA